UCUAUCCUACAACUAAUCCAUUCGCUGGAAUCAAAAAUCAUUCUUGUGUGAUUAAUUGAUCGCGGUUAACACGUUCACCUGUGUGGCUUAAACAAACGCUGUGCAUGAAUAUAUAUUAUUACGGUCGACAUUUAACUGCUUCUUGCACGAGAUUCUACCAGCACAGAAGUAUGAAGAUUUGGUUUGUUGAUCACCCAGUUCUUCUCGCGCUGUAAAAUCUCCUCGGGUCCAAUAACAAGGAUUUGGUCACAAAGGGACGCCGUGGCUAAGGAAGUGAUGCGCACCGUACUUUAACAUCUUAUCUCACUCACGCAUUACACAACCCGAAUGGGGAGCAUCGACCAGUUUUUCGAGAGCCUCGGGAAAGAAGAAUUCCAUCCUUUGUCCAACACAUCUCUGGGAAACUUUACUGGCAUCAACCAGACACUGAAGGGAAAUGAAAGUAUCAUUUUAUUUCCCCCGGGGACCUCAGACCCCCUUAUACUCACAGUGGGCCAGAAGUUCUAUGCUGUCGUCACUCCUAUCAUCAUAGGCAUAGGAUUGUGCGGAAAUAUUCUCUCUUUCAAUGUCUUUGUCAGCAAGAGCAUGCGGAGUCUCUCAGCUAGCUGCUACCUUGCUGCCCUCUCUCUCUCGGACAUCCUGGUACUUCUCAUCUACGUGCUUCUUGAUUGGCUGACCCGUGGACUGGCAUUUCUCACCGGAAGUUACGCAGCCGGUCACAUCCUGUCCCGAAAUGGCGUGUGCCACAUGUUUCUUUACUUCAGUUACGUCAUGCGGUUCAUGUCAGUAUGGCUGAUCGUAGCGUUCACAAUUGAGCGUUACAUAGGCGUGUGCAGGCCGCUGCUUAGGUUACGCAUGUGCACGCGCAGCUACGCCCGAAAGACCAUCACGAUAUACGUCAUCGCUGCGUUCAUCCUGUCUCUGUACAAGCCUGUCUUGAGCGGAGUGUACGAAGUUAACAAGAUAACGAAAGAGAAAGUCUGCACCCACAACAGUGAAUUCAAGACCCUCUCCUACGUCAUAGACAUGAUUUUCGGAAUGAGCAUCACCCUCGUGCCGUUCGUAAUAAUUAGCGUGUUGAACGUUCUAAUGGUCCGGAAGUUGGUCGCGCGCAGCCGGAACCGCAGGCGCGGAGUAUUCGGCAUGGUGCAGGUCCAAGAGAAUAAAAUCAGGAUGGAAAUGACCAUCAUUCUUCUCGGUCUCUCCACCUGUUUCGUCAUGUUAAACAUGCCGUAUUUCGUCACCUGGUGUCUGCACAUGUACAGAACCUUCCCCAGCCGCGAGACCGACGUUGACUUCCGGUACUCGCGGGGCGCUCUACACGUCACUCGGACAAUCUACUUUUUCAACUACUGUGUCAAUUUUUUCCUGUACAGCAUCUCCGGGGCAUGCUUCAGAAAAGAACUUAGAGCAUUGUUUACGUACAGGCGACUACAGCGUCGCUCCUCCAGUUUAAGAAGUAUGCGAUCUUCGAUUCUAAGAAACGAGUCCAACCAAAGAACGGACUCGGCAGAUAACACUAUUUUAUAGUCUCUACCGGGAGGAGUGCGGAAUAACAUUUUUGUAAAAUUUUAAUGUUGAAAUAAAAAACCGCAACUGACACUGAAAUAAAAACUUAUUCUACAUAUUCCUAUACUUGAUACAUGCAGGAGCAAUGGCAGUCAUUCAGACAGUUGUGCCUAUGUGAUCAUUCCUUUUUAUGUAUUAGAAUUAUAUUCAACAGUAUGCGCCCUUUGUAUGUGAGCACAGUCAAUUCGGAGGAAAGCCAAAUCAUCACAGGUGCCAGUCAUGUAGAGAUUUCAGCCAUAAAAUAACUGCCUAUUGGCCAACUGCAUUAUUGUAUCCACUGGUUAGUCCAAAUGUACACUGUACCAAGCCGCCCUAGUGCACAUACAAGCGUUUUAUUGUAACUCUUGCAAUUGGAUAAAUUUCAGUACAAAAUAAUGUCUUAGUCCAUAUCAAAACUUGCCUGGCUAUGCCAUGAAUGCAGUGUCUAUACAAUUAUAUAACAAUAAAAAGCGUUUAUGUAUCUUCUCAGCGACUAGGUUUUCAAGAACACUGCACAUUUUUGAAUUUAAGGUGGCCAC